AUGGCUGCACGACCUGCAGGCAGUGCGGCCAUGGGCUCGGGUUCACGUCAGGCCAGCACAAAUAUGAACCUUAUAUACCAUCAAACCAUUAUACCCACGCAGAAAAUCACACACUGCGUAGUUGGCACCUUCACGCUUCCCGGAGCUAGUGAUUUUGUGGUAGUGCGUCAUGAUACCCUUGAGUUGUGGACCCUGCAUGUAAACCAGAACACCGCUGAGUGUGUUCACAGCACGCGGCUCUUCACCAACAUUAAUCAAGUUGCCACCGUACCGACAGUUUCCGAGGCAGUGGGGCAAUCCUCAGCGAACCGUGGUGGCGGCAUCCUUGACUCCCAUCCCAGUUCCCGUCGAGAUCAGGCCAGCGGUGGAAGCUCGGCUCUACAGCGGUUGGCCAUCACCUCAGAGACGGGAACAAUGGUUUUGUUGCGUUAUGAUUUGGACGAAUUACCAAUUCCAACUCGUCUAAUGCAUGACCCGACGGAUAGUAGUAAGAAUGACAUUCCAGGCACUGCAUCCACCGAGCACAGCCAGGUGACCUCUCUACGGGGAAGGUUUGUUCGCGUGAGUGAAGUGGACCUCGGACGAAGUGGAGCCCGACUGACCGUGCCGGGCGCACGUCUAGCGGUGGAUCCACUUGGUAGAGCCGUCUUUGUGGCGGCGCUGAUGAGACAGAAGAUUGUGGUGCCGCUACGUAAGCAUGAGGAAUACUACACGGAACGCAUCAACAACCGUAUGAUGGGUGGUGGGUUGCUUAACGAUGAGGGCGAUCCCAACGUGUUGCUCAUGGGGGAUGUUACUGCUGUUGGAAACAUUGGUGCGAAUGAUGAAAACACUGUGGACAAUAGUGCUGGUGAGCUGUCGCAACGGAAGAAAGCGACGGUAAGAGACAUCAUUUCAUUUGGAUCUCCGGUGGAAGCCCACCGGCAAACAAUGAUUUACUCCAUUUGCGCUCUGGAUGGCGCCACAGAAAACGCUACGUUCGCUGCCUUGGAGCAAGAGCUGCCGGAGGUGAACGCUGGUGGGGGGACAGGAGCUGCAGCAUCACCCCCGCCUGUGGUUGGUGGUGUUGCAGGGCAGGCAUAUUUGCGUGUCAACCGUUCCGCCUUGCAGGGCGGUGGUGCAAACAGCAGCGCUAAAGUGAAACAGCUUGUCGUGUAUGCUUUUGCCUCUGGGCUGCAGCAGGUGCAACGAACACAUCUCGUGCCUGUGCCAGCAACUGCUCAUCGGUUAGUGGCCGUACCGGCAACCCCUUUCGGCCCUGGGGGUGUUCUAGUGUGCACCGACGCGGAAAUCAUUUGGUAUGACGUUCUUCCUCAGGUGCACGGUAGUGGAUUGCGCGACGGGAAAGGCGGUGAUUUGACGUCGAGCUCUAGUGCACAACAACACGGCGGACUGGGACCGUUGGCCCUGUUCAAAACCGCCGCCCCAUUCCCACGGCGGGCCGACUUUCGGGAGCAGCUGUACGACCCGAUGAUUGUUUCUCACGCCAGCACAUGCGUGCGUAACGAUUUCUUUAUGCUGUUACAGGACGACCAGGGUGAUAUGUUUCGCGUGAGCCUAACGUUGUUGGAUGUUCAGCGUUCCUAUGACGCCCUUCGCGCAGCGCAACAGAAGCAGCAACAGCUGCGACGCAAUCGAGGGGUGUUGGAUGCGGCUGAGGCGGCAGUGCCCGCCAUUACCGUGCCAUCACCGCUUGUUGUGACAUACUUUGACACGAUACCUCCUACGACCGCUAUGGCGCUGUUCCGUCGUGGUUUUGUGUUUGCCGGAAGUGAAUCGGCUCCAACACAUGGUCUGUAUAAAAUUAUUAAAGAUGGGUAUGGGUCCGACGCCGAGUAUAUCUUGUCCAGAAUGCGAAUGGUGGAACAAUCUCGUGUCGACGAAACACGACAAAGGGAUAAGCCUUUAGAAGAUGCGAAGGAGGGAAACGGUGAUACUGGCGGCAAUAACAAUGGCGGUGACCCGAGCGGUGAAACUGCAAACGGCGAUGGCUCAACCAACGGUGCGGACAAGUCAAACACGGGAGAUCGCACUGCUUCUGACUCAAGUGUCGUAAACGGUGGCAUGGGCCGCCGUAACGAUGCAACGGGUGCCAUGCCACCCCCGGCGCUUCCUGCGAAAGGCCUUGCCGUCCCACCAGCACCAUCAGUGCUUCUACGGAAACAACAGCCAAACAGUCGGGUGGUGCCGCUCUUUCACCCCCAUCAAACCCUGCGGCAUAUGGUGCUGCUGAAGAGCUACCCCAACACACCUCCGGUCGCUUCCCUUAUCGUAGGCAUUCCACAAGGGCAGCAAAAGCAACCGCAGGUGCAGAUCGACGCUGUUGUAGGCAGGGGAUCAGAUAGCGUUCUUUUCCAUGCGCGAUACGGAUACGCAGCGCGUUUGGAGAGUUCAUUCACCCUACAAGCGGUUUUCACGCACUUAAUGCCCCUGGCCUCGGCUACCGGGAUGCAGGCACAGUGGCUCGAACUGCAACACGAAACCGCGAGGUCGGCCGCGUUUUUGGGUGUUGACAACAGUAGCGCCAGCGGUAAGCGGCAUUCCUCCAAGAAGCGAAGUUAUCAUUCCACCCACACUUCCGUCUGUGAUGACAAGCUGCUACUUUCCACUCGACAGGGCACCACCGUGCUCUCACUUGGCCUCGGCAAGCAGGUGGAGCCGGACACUCUUUCGGGCUUUAUAACAUCCGAGCACACCAUAGCUGCAGGUACUUUACGUUAUGGAGUUGGCUAUGUGCAAAUAACUCCGACCUGUAUCCUUGUGCUCCCACACCACGGUGACAGCGUUGGGUCGCACUACCAGCAGCCGGCAAUGGCAACACCGAUGGCUGAGGGGGUCACAUGGAUGCACCCGCACGGGAAACGAAUUCUUGCGGCAGACAUCUCUGGAAACACGAUGGUGGUCUCCUUCACGCAAGCUGGUGGAAUCGCCAGUUUUGAUAUGGGAAUAAGUGGAUCACGGUUGCAGCAGCUAGAGAUGCUGCCUACAUUCCCGCACGCACCGGCAGUAUCACUCCUACGUGAUCCCGAUGGUGAGGCAAAUAUGUUUAGUGCACGGACCCUAACUUCACUAUCCCAACCUUUAACGUUAGCAGCCAUCGCGACAGUAAGCCAAGAAGUGUAUAUUGUCAGCCCCAAAAAACUGCGGGAGCCUCUUGAGACCAUCCGCUGCACCUCUGUGGAUGACAGGGAUAAUUGUGGAACCAGUGCAACUGCCGGCGAUGCAGCUCCGGCUAUUACCUCUGUGCUGCUUACAUACCUCGGUCGAAAAGGUGGAGCGCGCCGCCUCUUUUGCUUUAUUGGUCACAUUGAUGGCACGGUGACACGUUGCGAGCUUGACCACAUCACCUACAAGGUAAUCAACCGCGCCGUGCUGACGUGCGGCACUGCACCGUGCCAGAUGAUCGCAGGUGAUGGUGAGCGGGUGUGCUACAUUCUAUGCGGGGAAUUCAACUGGCGCUGUGACGUACGAGACGGAAUGCCAAAAACCGUCCCAUGGCGCUUCCCUACGCCGCAGGCAAUGUAUGCUGCCUUUCGCCGCCCUGCACCACCGGUUGCAACGGCCGGUUCAGGAUCCGGAUCAAACAUAGAGUCGGGAGUAGUAACGGCGGCACGUGAGGAACUGGUGCUUGGGGUUGCAGGAAAUACACUCUCCCUCUUCGCUGCUGGUGUAGCCUCUACAGCUGCAGAGACGGGUUUGGAGUACAGUUUUAGUUAUACGUCCCUUCCAGUGGCCGGGCGCCGCUUGCUGCAGCACCCGACGAGACCGGAAUGUUUAUUGGUGAUCGGGACAGAACAUCGCGGCUAUGGCGUAGCCGCCCUCCGCCGUGCUGCGUCAGCUGCGCGGUACAAGGAUGGCAGUAGCAGUGGGAGUGGUGCCGCGGCUGAUGGCCGUCCCGAAUUGUCAGCGGGCGCAGGCGGCAUCCCACUGGACAAACCACAGCGCUCCUUGAAUCACCCGAACUACUAUGUGAGUACUCUACAGUUAUACAAUCGACGUACCGAUAGGUUGGACCCACCCAUUUAUUUCCAGGAAGGUGAGGCGGUUCUUUCCGCGGCCGUAGGAAGUUUCGUAAAGGACUUUGGUCGCGAGCCGGUGGUGGUGUUAGGGUGCGCUGAACAUUUCACACACGGCAGUGGACUUGGUGUUGGGGCGUCGUGGACCCAAGGCCGACUCCGUGCCUUUCGAUUUGUGGUAAGUGGUGCCUCAGGACCCAGUGGCAGCAGUGGACCUUCCUUACGACUGGAGCAGCUACACGACACCCCCAUCGCUGUCAUUGCGGCAUCCUCCACAGGAUUCGAAGAGGAUGGAAACGAUGACAACACGGCCACUCAAUAUGGAGAUCAGCCCACAGCUCCUCAAUCCAAAGGGGUGGGCGGCGCCAUCACGGACUAUCCCUCAGCUCUACACAUAUGUGCGGACGUGGGCCUUCUAUUUGUAGGCAUGGGUGCAGCGAGUGGGUUACACGUGUAUGCAUGGGGCCAACGCCGAUUCCUACGAAAGCGACGGCUGCCAAACGUGCCGAGUCGUAUAACCUCCAUUGAGACGGUUUUCGCCACACCACCUAAUGUUGUAUCAUCUUCGUCUGGGACGACAGCAGCGACGACACCGGGGUCGACAACGUACGCUGCCGAUCUCUACCGCUGUGGACCGAACAGCACCAACAUCGUUAGGGAGCGGCGCCUUCUCAUUGUGUGUGGUACGGUAGACCAGUCUGUGUUUAUCGCAACAGUUCAGCCUGGAACUUCGAGUGGUUCAGUGGGGUCCAUGUCAUUCCUCAUGCUAAUUGCACGUGACGCCGUGCCGCGAAGCAUCACCUGCGUCGCGUGCCUGGAUGAACGAACAAUCGCUGCAGGAGAUCGCUUUGGAAAUGUUGUCUUCCUUCGACUCCCACAGGAUGCCCGACUUGGGUUUGCCGAACCGGUCCAAAAUAUGACGGACAUCGAGCUCGUGGAAGCUGAACGGUACGCUGCAAGUGAGCAACUGCUGGAAGAAAUCGCCUUCCAUCGUGCAGGGCAGUUGGUUACAUCACUGCGCGUACACGACUAUGACCCAAGUGACGGUACAGAUCCAACGCUGGCGCUACGUAUUCUCUUUUACGCAACCACACUUGGUGCAGUUGGUGCUUAUACGCCUUUUGUGCGUGAGGAGGACGCCGCGCUGGCCGCCCAUCUUCAACCACUCAUCGCUAGUCAUGUGCGUUGCCCAUUGCAGGGUGGCAGCGGUCAGCCAGUCUAUAAUGCAGCGGCUCGUCUCUCCACUUCUCCGGCUGCUUUCACAUCUGUUGUGCACCAUGUGAUUGAAGGAGAUUAUGCGCAACUUCUUCUUCAUUCCUCCACAUCACUCUUCUCCACGGAAGCACGAAGCGAGAUGGAGGCGGCGCUUGCACAAAAGGAGCGAGCGGAAGCGGCUCAGAGGAAUGUCUUGUCGCUACCCAAGCGAGUGUGGCCCACGUUGGGGGAACUCGUGGCGAAACAACGGGCGUUGGUGGCACUACCACCCUAA